AUGCAAGAGGAAACUGACACUCAAUCAAAGCCAUUGGAUGAUGAAGAUAUAAAUAUAUUAAAAUCAUAUGGUUCAGGACCAUAUUCAAAGAGUAUAAAAAAAGUAGAAGGUGAUAUAUCAGGAUUACUAACAAAUAUAAAUAAGUUAUGUGGAGUAAGAGAAAGUGAUACUGGAUUAUGUUUACCUAAUCAAUGGGAUUUACAAUUAGAUAAGCAAAUGUUAAAUGAAGAACAGCCAUUGCAAGUAGCUAGAUGCACAAAAAUUAUAAAUGCAGAUACGGAUCAAACAAAAUAUAUAAUUAAUGUAAAACAAAUAGCAAAAUUUGUUGUAGGUUUAGGUGAUAAAGUUGCUCCAACAGAUAUUGAGGAAGGUAUGAGAGUUGGAGUAGAUAGAACUAAAUAUAAAAUACAAAUUCUUUUACCACCUAAAAUUGAUCCUACAGUUACUAUGAUGACUGUAGAAGAAAAACCAGAUAUUACUUAUAAUGAUAUUGGUGGAUGCAAAGAGCAAUUAGAAAAGUUAAGAGAAGUAGUAGAAAUGCCAUUAUUACAACCAGAAAGAUUUGUAACUCUAGGAAUUGAUCCUCCUAAAGGGGUUUUAUUAUAUGGACCUCCAGGGACAGGAAAAACUUUAACAGCUAGAGCUAUUGCCAAUAGAACAGAUGCCUGUUUUAUUUGUGUAAUUGGUUCUGAACUUGUUCAGAAAUAUGUUGGAGAAGGUGCAAGGAUGGUAAGAGAAUUAUUUCAAAUGGCAAAAUCAAAAAAAGCAUGUAUUUUAUUUAUUGAUGAAGUAGAUGCAAUAGGAGGUUCAAGAGGAGAUGAAAGCGCACACGGAGAUCAUGAAGUACAAAGAACUAUGUUAGAAAUUGUUAAUCAAUUAGAUGGGUUUGACAAUAGAGGAAAUAUAAAAGUUCUUAUGGCUACAAAUAGACCUGAUACAUUAGACAGUGCACUAGUAAGACCCGGAAGAAUUGACAGAAAAAUUGAAUUUAGUUUACCAGAUCUUGAAGGUAGAACACAUAUAUUUAAAAUUCAUGCCAAUACAAUGAAUAUGAGUAGAGAUGUUAGAUUUGAACUAUUAGCUAGAUUGUGUCCUAAUAGUACUGGAUCUGAUAUUAGAAGUGUCUGUACUGAAGCUGGUAUGUUCGCUAUUAGAGCAAGAAGAAAAACAAUCACAGAAAAGGAUCUUUUAUUAGCUAUUAAUAAAGUUAUACACGGUUGCAAACAAUUUUCUGCAACAGGGAAAUAUAUGGUUUAUAAUUAA